UUUCCAUUUUUAAAAAUAAAAUUAGUAUAUAUAUUCAUAUCGGCUCUCGCGUCCUAAAUCAGAAGAGUAGAGCACAAAUUAGGGUUAGGGUUAGGGCUUCUCCCUUCCUGGCAAAUUCAUCCCUUUUAGCCGCCAUUGAAGAUGACUGGUAAGGCCAAGCCAAAGAAGCAUACAGCGAAGGAGAUUCAAGCGAAGAUCGAUGCUGCGUUGACUAAUCGAGGCGGAGGAAAAGCUGGAAUCGCUGAUCGGACCGGAAAAGAGAAAGGAGGCCACGCUAAGUACGAGUGUCCUCAUUGCAAAAUUACGGCUCCAGGUCUUAAGACGAUGCAGAUCCAUCACGAAUCGAAGCAUCCUAAUAUCAUUUAUGAGGAAUCAAAGCUCGUGAAUCUCCAUGCUGUUUUAGCACCAGUAGCUGAAUCGAAACCUAAACCUGGUAUCAGGGGAAGCUUGAAGAAGUAACUCUAUGUUUGAAUUUUAUAAAAUUUGUUAUCUUUUGAUGUUAAAGAGUGUAAUGUGCUACUUCUUACCCCAAAAUCUAUCAUGUUGUUGAUGUCAUCUGGUUUAGCGAAUCUUAAAUAGCUUUGUAGUCAUGUUAAAUCAACAACCUCUAUUUCUUUUUUCAGACAAGUUUUAGAUCAUCAAGAUUAGUUCUUAUUGUUUGAAAUGAAGUACUCUGUUUCUGUUCGAACAUAAACAGCGGAAACCUUAGGUC